AUGUCGAUUGAUACCAACACUGCUGGGCUGACUAAGUGUAAGAAAAAGACACUUGGACAUGUCCCCUUCCUUGAUACAAUUCCGGAAAAUCCUAAAGAGAAAAACAACAACACUCAAGGAGCGGCUUUUCUCUCAGGCGAUGAGGACCUUGAUGCACCGGUUUUAGAUCAAUCUGAUGAGGACUGUGAAGAUGAAACGGACGAAUUGGCGGGGUCUCCUGGAAAUUCUGAGACAAUGGCUGGAAUACUCAAAGAGUUUGAAUUAUGGCGCACCAAGCUUGAUGAUCCUGGCCCAACUCUUAUUGCCGGCUAUGGCAUCCAAUGGAACAUCAAGUGGCAAAGUCGAGACCGGGCGUACCAGAGUCGAAAUGUGAUCAACAAACUCAUUGAAAACGAGAAAGACCGGCAAGAAAGAGAUGGUGGUAAAAGCUUUUACCAGGAUUGUGAGAUCACCCGAGGUGACUGGGAAAUUGUAAAGCGACUAAAUGAUAUACUUAGUGUCAGUGUUUUUUGA